GAGCCAGGACCGGAGCCUGCGGGAGGAGCUGACCUGUGCCAUCUGCUGCGAGCUCUUCAGCGAGCCCGUCAUGCUGGACUGCAUGCACCACUUCUGCAAGGCCUGCAUCCAGGGCUACUGGGAGAGCUGCGCCCACGUCCCCUCCUGCCCCCAGUGCCGCCGCGAGUUUCCCAGCCGGACGUUCCGCACCCACUACCUGCUCUCGGGGCUGGUGGAGAAGGUGCGGGAGUGCACCAGUACAAGAUGCAGGUGAGUGGCUUCUAAGCACCUGGAAGAUGCUUUGGAAGCUCGUCAGAAGGAGAUGGAGAACUUGUUGCGGAGGAAGCGUGCGACGCAGGAAGAUAUCUGUGGCCUGACGAAGGUGUCUGGGGAGCUGAACUUUAAGAUCCGUGCAGAGUUUGCCCGCCUUCAUCAGAUCCUGGAGGAAGAGGAGAGAGCUGUGUUGGCAGAGCUGGGCGAAAAGGAAGAGCAGUUGCUGGCACGGCUGCACGGGGAUGUGCACGGGCUGGAGGAGGGGAUGUCAGUGCUGCAGAGGGACAUAGAGCGCAUAGAGCAGACCCUGGGCAGGAUGGAAGAGGUGUCGUUGCUGGAGGUGGAGAGCCUGGAUAUCAGGCCCUCGGUGCGCGUCAAGACGCAGCAUGCCUUCGACCUGCAGCACUACAGGGACAGCCGCAGUGGCCCUUUGCAGUACAUCUUCUGGAGACAGAUGCUGCAGUCCAUCUGCCCCACUCCUGCCCCACUCACCUUCGACCCUGAGUCAGCCCACCCCAACCUGGUCUUCUCCAGAGACCUGACAGCAGUGACAGAGAGGAAUCGAGCCCAGCCCGUGCCCAGCAUGGGGGUCUUCCUGGACUGUCAGGAGGGCACUGUCACCUUCUUUGAUGCCGGCGACAUGUCCCAUCUCUUCACCUUCCACCAGGUCUCUGCAGAGAAAUACUGCCCCUUCUUCAGCACCUGCUUCAGCGACGGGAGGGACAACAUGGAGCCCAUGCGGCUCUGCCACCUGGCCCUGUGA